AUGACGACCCCUCUCGUCUGGAGACCAUCGCCAGUGUCCAUGGCACGACACAACAUGCAGUUCGCCGGCUUCUUCACCGCCUUCAUGAUCCCCUUGGGCCUGUUCAUGUGGGGUGUCCGCGACCCAGCCAGCGUCGCCGAAGCCAGGAAGAGAGCCGCCCGGUUUCGAUCGAUAAAAGCAUAA